AAAAGACCGAUAUACCCUUAUUUGAUCUCCGAGCUUCUUAGAGCAUUCGCUUCCUUCGCCUGCUUUUAUAUUUGAGACGUUUUUAUGCUUAACUGCUUCAGGAAACCUCUCGGAAGGGUCUCGAGUCUUUUUUUUAAAAUAGAUUUAUUUUUUAGGACUGUGAAAAGAAAAAUCACCUUUUAACAUCUGGAAAGAGCUUCGCCUCCUUCCCACCCACCCUCCCUCAUUUUCGUGCGAUUUCAAAAUACCAAAUACAAAGGCGGUUUUUAAAUGUAAUCUGGGCACUUGAAUAAUGGAGGAGUUCUUGUAGGAGUUGGGGAGAAGCCUGAAAUCUGUCGGGCAAAUGAGAAAAAGAUCGUGAAAACAAACGGAUGGAAUAAACAAGGGGAAGCAUUUUCCUAGUCUCUAGAGAAGGACUCGCCAUUCCUUACAUGUGUGAUUUUACAGAGGACUGAAUACCUCUUAUUUCUGCUCUCUUGUUUGCUCUGAGCAUUUGUUAAUAGGAAACACCAGUGUUUUACAAAUUGGUUUCCUAUUGGUUGUUACAUCGAAGUCAUAUUUAUUUUGACACUUGAAACGAAGACGAAACUUUCUCAUCCAUAUACUACAUUGUGUAAAAGCAGUGUGAAGACAAGAGUAUUGUUUACUAAUAUUUGUGCGUCUUGCCUGUUUCCAGGGCACAUGGGAAAUACGAUUUGACACUGAAGAAAAUAUAUUGUGCUUCAGGACAACUAUUAGUUUUAACAUUCAGCUACUUCAUUGUUGAAUGUUCAUCUUUUAAUCUGGAGAGUUAACAUCCUCUUAUGAAUUGGAUUUUUUGCCAUUGUUAGAACAGAAGCCAAAUGAUGUGUUUCCAAAUGUACUGGAAGGUCUGUUGAAUAGGAGCUAGAGAGACUAUAUUAUAGAAGCUGGAUUUCAUUCUUAUGGAUGCAUUAUUUUCCAAAUACAUUAUCAUCACUUUGAGGAAGUGACAGACGGAUUUUCGUGUUUGUAAGAUCUCAAAAGCUGGAUAUAGCAUUUUCCCCCCUAUUGAUUCUAACAAUUGAGAAAAUGGGAGCUGCUACAAAGCUGGUGUUUGCUGUUUUUCUUAUAUCUUGUUCUUCAGGUGCCAUACUAGGCAGAUCAGAAACACAGGAAUGCAUCUUCUACAAUGCUAAUUGGGAAAAUGAUAAGACAAAUCGUAGUGGCAUUGAACUGUGCUAUGGUGACAAAGAUAAAAGAAGACACUGCUUUGCAACAUGGAAGAAUAUCUCUGGAUCUAUUGAAAUUGUGAAAAAGGGUUGCUGGUUGGAUGAUAUUAAUUGUUAUGACAGAACUGACUGUAUAGAAAAGAAAGAUAGCCCUGAAGUGUUUUUCUGCUGCUGUGAGGGCAACAUGUGCAAUGAACAUUUUUUCUACUUUCCAGAGAUGGAGGUCACACAACCUACUUCCAAUCCUGUGACAACUAAACCACCCCUGUUUAGUACAUUGCUUUACUCUCUUGGACCUAUAAUGGGAAUAGCAGUGAUUGUACUCUUUUCAUUCUGGAUGUACAGACAUCACAAAUUAGCAUAUCCUCCAGUACUUGUACCAACCCAACAUGCCUUUCAUAUAAUGAUAGAGGAUCCUGGACCACCACCUCCAUCACCAUUGAUGGGCCUAAAGCCAUUGCAGUUACUAGAGAUCAGAGCUAGAGGAAGAUUUGGCUGUGUCUGGAAAGCUCAGUUGUUAAAUGAAUACGUUGCUGUGAAAAUAUUCCCAGUGCAGGAUAAAGAAUCAUGGCAAAAUGAAUAUGAAAUAUACAGCUUACCAGGAAUGAAGCAUGAAAAUAUACUACAGUUCAUUGGUGCUGAGAAACGAGGCACUAGUAUUGAUGUUGACUUGUGGCUAAUAACAGCGUUUCAUGAAAAGGGUUCACUUACUGACUUCCUGAAGGCUAAUGUAGUUUCAUGGAAUGAACUCUGUCAUAUAGCUGAAACUAUGGCAAAAGGUUUGGCCUAUCUCCAUGAAGACAUUCCUGGUUUAAAAGAAGGGCAUAAACCAGCUAUAUCCCACAGGGACAUCAAGAGCAAAAAUGUGUUAUUGAAAAAUAAUCUUACGGCAUGUAUCGCUGAUUUUGGACUUGCUUUAAAAUUUGAGGCUGGGAAGUCAGCUGGCGAUACCCAUGGUCAGGUUGGUACCCGAAGAUACAUGGCUCCUGAAGUAUUAGAAGGUGCUAUAAACUUCCAGCGAGAUGCAUUUUUGAGAAUAGACAUGUAUGCGAUGGGAUUAGUUCUAUGGGAAUUGGCAUCACGAUGUACAGCAUCAGAUGGACCCGUGGAUGAGUAUAUGUUGCCUUUUGAGGAAGAAGUGGGUCAGCAUCCUUCUCUGGAAGAUAUGCAGGAGGUUGUGGUACAUAAAAAGAAGAGGCCUGUUCUGAGAGAGUGUUGGCAGAAACAUGCUGGAAUGGCAAUGCUCUGUGAAACAAUAGAAGAGUGUUGGGAUCAUGAUGCAGAAGCUCGAUUAUCAGCAGGCUGCGUAGAGGAAAGGAUUAUCCAAAUGCAAAGACUAACAAACAUUAUAACAACAGAAGACAUUGUGACUGUGGUCACCAUGGUGACAAAUGUGGAUUUUCCUCCCAAAGAAUCCAGUCUAUGAUAGUAGCAGCGGUCACUCUUCUUGACCAAUAAGACUCAGCACUGGAACUGCCAAGUCAACUGGCCUAUUUCUGGUCAGUAAUUUUCAGCAUGAAAUGGUAAGUCCGUCUCUGAAGUGUCAGAAGGAAGAUUCCUCUUUGUUCUUCUCCAGACUUGGAUCCAGAAGACUUACUGCAUAUGCCGGAGAAAAUGGCAAGAUGAUGUUAAACGUACCUGAAGAACAUGGACCUAUCUCGGCUUGUCAAGACAUUUUAAAAACUGACAAUGUAUUUCUUAACAUGUCAGACUAAUUCCUUAAAAUGAACUACUGCUAUUUUUUUUAAAUCAGACAUUUCAUUUCAGAUUUAAGAAAAAGGGUAACUUGUUUUUAUUGCAUUUGCUGUUGUGUUUAUAUAAAUGACUAUUGUAAUGCCAAUAUGACACAGCUUGUGAAUGUUUAGUGUGCUGCUGUUCUAUGUAAUCAAAGUGGGAUCUAGCAAAAAGGCUUCCAAGCAUUACUUAACCUCCCUCAACAAGGUAUACCUCAGUUCCACCUAUGCUAAAUUGAAUUGACAACACUAAUAAAACUGAAAUAAUAAAUUGAUCCAGAUUUUGUAAAUGAUGCGUUUAAAAAAAUCCAUGGUGUAUUUUUUAAAGGUUAUAAGCUGUGCUUCAUGCCAACAGUCCAUGGCCAUUCCUAAAAUGGUGUGUUAGUCUUUCCUUGUUCUAGCUUAUGUGUAAAAAAUGUAUUGCCUUUUCAAUGACGACUUUCCCAAUUAGUUAAAAGCUUUAUCUCCAGUUCCCGAAAUAGUGUAUACAUUUAUUUUACUAAAUAUUUAGGUUUGCUGUGUCUGAUGGGAAUUUGAAAAUUUAAGCAUGAUUUUUUUAUUAUUAUUAUUAUUUUAUUGAGCUCUGGCACUGGAAAGCUCUUAACAUUAAUUCUUUCAAAGAAACUGUUUGCUGUUUCAUGUAUAUUUUGUCUAGUGUUAUUUUCUAUUUCACUAAACAGGACACAGUGGGUUGAUCCAAACAGAGACAUAUGUAACAAGAUGGUGAAAGCUACCCUUCCUUCCAUUCCCCUCCCCAGCAACCCAGCCCCUGUCCAGUACAAAAGGGGUUCAGAAACUCCUUCAGCUAUUUGGGGGAAGGAGGUGGCAGGGGGAAUUUUUCCAACCACCCAGUGUGUGGGUCCAGCCCUGGACAUAACUCUAUUUCCACUGUGUUGUUUCAGGAUCACCUCAGGAAGCUUCAUGACCUUGAAUGCCACACACUUUAUAUCUGUUGCCUUUUUGUCGUUUCACAUCACUUGAUUUUUAUUUUUUUUUUGGUGCCGGCUUGUCAGAGGAACAUUGAUCAGUGAUACAUAGGUUUAACUUGUGGUCACUUUCAAAAUUAAAAAUACAGACUCUCUUAAAAAAAACUUUACCAUCAAAUUUGCAGUUAUUUCAAUGGAAAUGAUAAUGUAGCAUAGUCUAGUGAGGGAAAAAAAACCCUACAACUUUGAACUACUGAAUUGAAGGAGUUAUAGGGAUUGAUAAUAUGGAGCCCAUCCAUUAAGAAGACUCUAGCAAAAGGGGCAGAAAGUAGGCAGUGCCAAAGUACUUUUAAAAGGCAGUAAUAAUACACUACGAUUAUUUGAAUAGUUUAUAUGUAUACAAGCCAAAGGGAAUUCUCAAAACAAAAGUACUGAACCAACAGUAGCCAGUAUUAUCAGAUUCUAGGCAGUUUUAUAUUUAAAUAAUACAUUAGAUUUAUAAAGGAAAAGGUGGUCAUAGUUAAAUGUUCACUGUGAAUGUUAUUUUCAAGAUUUAUGAAUUCACAGUGAGGUGUUUUUUUUUUUAAAGUGUGUACUGAUCUCCGAAAAUGUAGAAGAAAUAAUUAUAAACAAGAUUUUGGACAUCAGAUUCUAAACAGAGACGAGUAUUAGAGGAUUUCUCUACUCUAGAGACAUGUUUUGGUCUCAUAGUUACAAAAUGUGAUGCCAUAAUUUGAUUGUGGAUGUUGCUGGGCAUAACUUGCUACUUUUGUUAACAAACUUAAUACUUGUUCUUCAGAUGUAUUUUUGAAUAAAAAAUGAUUUGCUUGAUUCUACUUGUAGGGGUUGAUUUGCAACAGCAUCAUCUAAAUUGAUAGGAGUGAUUGGCAUGUAUAGUUUUUUCCCUCAAAAUGAAAAUAUUCAUACUAGGAAAAUGUAGUUUUAUCAGUGUUCAUCUUUAAAAGCACAUGCCUACAAAUACCAUUCUUGGUUGCAAAUCUCCCACCACAGCUUCAUAGAGCAGGUAUUUAUUUUUUUAAAUCAAAUAGACUGCCAUCAAUAUGACUCAAGCCAAUAAGACCUUUUCAUGUAUGUUUUUUGCAAAUGCAUUUGAAAUUGCAGGUCAUAUAGGGGAAAUAUCAAAACUGACAAUCAAGCCAGAACCAUGUCUACGUGAGAAGAGUUUUUUAAAAAAAUAGUUUCCCAAAACUUCCCUUCCUUGCUUCCCCCUAACUAGUCUUUGAUUUUCAAGAUGCCUCUCAUCAGUAAACACUUUUUUUGUGGUAGAAUCUGUCAAAUUAUUAAAAUCCACCAAACUGCCCCAAAAUAAAAAUCCACCAAAAUAGUCUCACACAAAAUCGCGACUUCUUUGUUUGGAAAGUUUAAAGGUGGACAGUUCUUUCAAAAAUGCUUAAGCCAAGAUCUAUCCUAGGAAAUUUAACCAUUAAUGUCUGAGCUAGGAAAAGUGCUCUGCUUUCUGGCAGAUAUUGUGGCUGUUGUUGCUUUCUGUACUUGAACCAUACAGCUUGUAUUGAUCUGACCAGCUCUGGUGAUUUACCUUGUAUCUUUGACUUGUGAAGGAAAGCCCGGGCUGAGACUCGAGCUUUCAUUGUCCUUUGGUUUGCCUGUGACUACUUAGUUGGCUGCCAUAUAAUUGCCACAGGAUUUAACUGAUCAGUUUUGUGAAAAACUUCAAAGUCUAAACUUUGCAAUACCUUUUCAGUUUGUGUUAGAUGCGAAGAACUUUAUAUCACAUGAUGCAUGACUACUCUUUGUACAGUCGCUAAAUAUACUUAGCAUUUUUGGAACAGAUUGUGCCUCGUAAUUGUUGGAGUUCUUUGACCUAGUGUUCUCAUUCAUGGUGGUAUUCUGAAAAUGAGUCUGGAUUAAAAUACACAACUUUAUACUUUCUUUGAUAGCAAAAUCCAUGUGGAGUAGCUCUUGCAUAACUAAGGUGUAAUCAGAUGUAGUAGUAAUAAAUAGUGUUCAUACUACUGUUCUACAGAAUAAAAUUGCUGAUCGUAGUUUAACAAAGUGAGGUGACUGAUUGGUUGACCUUUUUCCAAUUCUCUUUUUAAACUUUUUAAUGCAUUUUUAUUAGGAAUAUUUGGUAUAAAAUUUAGCAAGCUAUGUACAGGAUUACAAACAAGGGAUAAAAUAGUAUCCUUGUUGGAACACCAUUUACCUCAAUAUAUUCAACCAGCAGUACUUUUUUUUUUUAAUGCACACUCAAGCCCAUAUAAGAUGUUACCUCUCAAAAUAUUGGUAAGCAAUUAUUUUAGCUUUACUCGGUACUUGUCAGUGUUCUGGGCACAGGUUGUUGUACUACUGUCAAAUUGCUCUUGCUAUUUUUCGGCAAGUAUUUAAGAAUAACCCCAUCUUGAAUAAAAGUGAUUGUGAAAUAUUGUAUAAAUGUAUGCUUCUCUUUCCCUAUUCCCACAGAACAAUGAAUAAAAAAUUAAGUGACUACUAUGA